ACGAUUUGCUGACGGGAUCCGAAACAUCAGAACAAGCGAUUGAAAUACGUAAAUCUUUGACCUUAGUCUUAUCACAGUACGGUUUCCCUCUUCGCAAAUGGGCCAGCAAUGAUCCUACGGUUGUUUCUUACGAUAAGGAUAGUUCGAAUAAUCAGAUAGAAAUUAGGCCAACAGACCGAGAAUCUAAAACAUUAGGUUUAUUGUGGUCAGCUGAGACAGAUGAACUUCGAUAUGCUCUCACAAAUCCUCGACCCAAUAAAAUUACAAAACGCAACAUAUUGUCCGAAAUAGCGCAAAUUUUCGACCCGCUCGGUCUUAUCGGUCCUAUAACCGUCAAGGCAAAAUUGAUCAUGCAGGAACUCUGGCAACUUCAAGUCCAUUGGGAUGAAAGUCUGCCGCAAGAUUUUCACACGCGUUGGAUCAAUUAUCGGCAAGAACUGAAUGACCUCGUGUCAUUGUCAAUACCGCGUCGGGUAGCAGGCGACCUUACACAGACAAUCGAGCUCCACGGUUUUUCGGACGCUUCCGAAAAGGCUUACGGAGCCUCUGUCUACCUGCGCACACGGACGGAUACGGGAUCAUGGCAAUCGCACCUCUUAUGCGCCAAAUCCCGUGUUGCCCCCCUAAAAACCAUCAGCCUACCGCGAUUAGAGCUGUGUGGUGCAUUGCUUCUAGCUCGAUUAGCAAACAAAGUAAAGACCGCAUUAAAUAUCGAUAAUUUACGCGAAUCAUAUUGGACAGAUUCCACCAUAACUUUAGCUUGGAUUAGAAAUGAACCAUGUAGAUGGAAGACAUUCGUAGCAAACAGGGUAUCGGAACUUCAGCAGCUUACGUCAUCCAAUCAUUGGAGGCAUGUCAUGUCUGAGGACAACCCCGCAGAUUUAAUAUCGCGCGGAACCAAUCUUUCGUCAAUUAAAAAUUGCUCCCUGUGGUGGCAUGGACCCUCAUGGCUUUUACGGGAAUGCAAUGAAUGGCCUUCUUCCGAAGCUACGCCGGAAAUCGUGCCUGAGGCAAGGCAAACUACCACGACACACUUGGUCGCAUCCGAAAUCCCUGCGAUCGACGAAUUUGAUUUAAUCUCUCGUUAUUCAUCCUACUGCAAAUUACGUCGCGUAACAGCGUACUGUCUUAGAUUCAUAGUGAAACUUCGAAGCAAAAUACGCACUAGUAGCGCGGAAGAUAACCAAAAAACCGGUCCAAUAACAACUAUUGAACUUAGUCAAGCAAAAAGGGUUCUCGUAGGUAUUGUGCAACGAGCUCAUUUUGCUAGAGAAUUGGAAUCUUUAAUUCAAAACAAAUCCAUAAGUCUCGGAGGCCGCUUGGUUCGGCGCACAUUAGCGCAAGAAGGCAUAGAAUGGCAUCUGAUUCCACCAUAUGCUCCACAUUUUGGAGAAUUAUGGGAAGGGGGCGUCAAACAAGUAAAAACGCAUCUAAGGAGAGUUAUUGGUGAACAACGCCUCACAUACGAGGAACUUUAUACAAUUCUUACGCAAAUUGAAGCUUGCUUGAAUUCCCGUCCUUUGCACCCUCUGUCCAGCGAUCCAAAUGAUCUUACUCCUCUGACCCCAGGACAUUUCCUUAUUGGCGACUCAUUAAUGGCACUUCCUCAACCAGAUAUGACUACGAUUAAACAAAAUAGACUCAACAGAUACCAGCUCAUUCAACAGACGGUGCAGCACUUCUGGAAACGAUGGCAUCAAGAAUAUCUCCACGAAUUGCAGCAACGUCACAAGUGGAAGCUGGAUUCUUCUGGCAAUAUCAAGAUCGGAUCUUUAGUCCUGAUUAAGGAGGACAACAUCCCACCGAUGAAAUGGCGUCUGGGCAGAAUA